GCCAAUGGGUACAAUAUGGCGGCUAUAAUAAAUUAUAGGUAUAGUACAGUUAGCAACAGGCUGGCCGACUCGCUGCCUUGCGUAGUAUUGAGGAAUUAUCAUGACAGACUGACACACAGCGGGGCUCAGGGUGUCAGUUUGUGCAGUGGCGUCUCGACAGCUGAAUUGGAAGGUGACACAAGCGAUUUCUUAAUGGAGGUCAACUGGAAAUCUUGUAUGUGUCUGGCGCCGAAAACAGCUUGCCUUUUGAUUAUUAUGUACUACAUCAUAUUUUCCAUUAUCGCAACCGUUCUUGCCUCCAUCGGCUACAACCUCCUGACACCGGACAAUAUGUUGACUACAGAAAGCGGAAGAAAAGAAGCCGAUGUCGGAGACGAUGUCCUUCUGGAGGGAAUAACCUCUGCUAAAGUCCUGCUGAUUGGCAUUAUCUCAACAAGUAUACUUUCCUUCGUAACAAACAUCUUGCUGAUUGUCGGGGUCACUGAGGAUAAGUCACAUUGGAUAUACGUGUGGCUUAAUGCACAUGUCCUCAUUCUUGGAAUACACAUCUUGGUCUGCUUCUGUAACAUGUUUCUGGAACUGCCGGAUGAAUUACAGAAGAAUAUCUCAAUUUAUGGUACUGCUAUGAACAUCGUGCUGACUCUGUAUUUUCUCGUGGUUGUUAACGAAUUCUACAUUGGCAAGGCGGACAAGAUACCAGUGGGGUUUUACGAGAGCAAAUCAUACUCCUUCUUCAAGAGCUAUGGAGACCAACGAUUUGUGCAGUAACAAGUUUCAUUUGAGUUUAAUAGAAUUAUUAUGGACAUAUUUUGGGGAUUUAAGAGAUUUUCUUUGUUUAUAAUGAUACUUAAAUAAUUUCUUAUAUUGUUACUGUAAUAAAUUUAUGUAUUAAGGCAAUACUUAGCAGACCCGGAAACGAAAUGUUGCAUGAAAUUACGUACGUAUCAUUAUUAUCAUCAUCGCCAUCAGAUCUUCAGGAGAAAAUUUCCAAAAUUUACUCUACUAGUCUUCAAUUUGUCAGCCAUUGUAUGGUCUGACUAUGAUUAGUACUUAACAAUAGCUUAUAUUUAUUAAAACAAUUAAUUUUAAUUUUUUUACAUUCUUCGUAUAAUUUUAAUAUUUAAUGUGUAUGACUGGAUUUAUCUGGUUCAGUUAUUCUGGUACAGAGUGGUGCGUGCAUAAAGCAGCAAUAGAAAAAAAUAUAAUUUAAAAUCAGGCUAGAACUUAGAUGACAAAUGAAUUUGCAUUUAUAAAUAAACUUUACAACUUGUUUCCGAUUGCGCGUGUUAACGCCAUGAUUCUUAAGACACAAGAAGAUCGUUUCAGUGUGCCACUUAAAAAUCUCAAAGUACAAAGAUCCGUUAGUAUUAUUUAUCGGAGAUUUUUAAAUUCACUCUGGUUUGAACUAACUACAGUGUAACUGACUCCAAACGUAUCGCAACUCAUUUGCUUGCAGCUAUCACGUAAAGUUCAGAAGGUCACUAGUGAUUGACAUGUGUAAUAAUUUAUUAUGUUCUGUUUCUUGUGUUUAUGUGCUUGUUGUUUGUCUGAAUAAAAUAUCAGUUCAUUUCAA